AUGAUAUUAAUUCCAGGUUAUAAUCCAGGGUAAUUCACUUUAAAAGGAACCAACACCUACUUAAUGGGAACUGGCAAGGCAAGAAUCCUUAUAGACACAGGUGAAGGCAAAGAACAAUACAAAAUGCAUUUAAAACAAAUUGUUGAUAAUGAAUAAUGCGAAAUAACAAUUGUUCUUAUAACUCACCAUCAUCAUGAUCACAUCGGUGGAAUCUCUUAGGUGCUUGAAUUAUUUCCAAAUGCUUAAGUCUAUAAAAAUUUAGAUCACAAUUUGCAAAAUGAUAAGCUCUAUCCAUUUAUCCCACUUUAGGAUGGUUAAAUUUUCUAAGUUGAAAAUUGCACAAUCACAGCCAUUUCAUAACCAGGACAUUGUGUUGAUCAUUUUGGUUUCAUGACUUCUAACUAAGAAUGGUUUUCAGGAGAUUGCCUAUUGGGAGGCUCUUCUUCUUACAUAGAAAAUGUGAGAUAGUAUUUGUAAAGUAUGGAAAAAAUAUCAAACAUGAAUAUGUAUUUCUUAUCCCUAAUCUCUAAGAAAGACAAUCUAUCCAGGUCAUGGAUAAACUAUAAUUGAGGGAGCUUAAGAAGCAAUCUAGAAAUAAAUUCAACACCGAAAGAAUAGAGAAUAACAAAUUUACUAAGCGAUUAAUGGAUAGUCAAUUGAGGAAAUCAAAUAAAUUGUGUAUCCAGAUGAUAAGGAUGCUUACAUGCUGGAAAUUGUCAAGAUUGUCGUUUAGGCUCACCUAAAUAAACUCAUUGAAGAUAAACUGGUCAUUUGCAAAGAUGAUCUAUUUUAUAAAUGCUGA